CCAGUGUUCUCCCUGGCACAGCAAUAGCGGGUCCCUGAGUGCUCCCCACACAUCAUCGUUGUGCCUGCUGGUAGGCUCAGCAGGGAGCCGUGUCCACUCAGGCGAACCCGUUCUCCAAGGACCGUAGUCCUCAGGGAGCGAACCACUUAGCUGGACAUAGCAAGGUUGUUGGGUGUUGGACUCCUCUGCGCCCUUGGAGAGGUCCUCCACGACUUCUAGGCCGAUCUUUUUAUGGGGUGCGUGCAGUGGAACGGAAGUCCAGAGAGGGGAUAGGGCCUGCCGUUCCUGGCAGAAGACCGCAAGUCUGGCUUGUCCGCAGCCGGGUUCUCCCCGUGGAGUUGCCCGGGAGCGGGUGGCUGAGGCUCCCCGAGAAGCUCCGCUCCAGCUCAGGACAGCCAGGAAGGCGAGAAAAGGCUGCGAGGGGCGGGGGCGGGGCGGGGUGGGGUCAGCGCUGGCUCCGCCUCCUGGCGCUUGGGUCUGCCUGCGGCCGGGCGCUGGCUCAGUCUCGGCUGAUUGCCGCUGUCGCUCCCGGGGCCGCGGGAUGACGCCUCCUCCGCCCGGACGUGCCGCCCCCAGCGCACCGCGCGCCCGCGUCCCUGGCCCGCCGGCUCGGUCGGGGCUCCUGCUGCGGCUACUGCUGCUGCUCUGGGCAGCCGCCGCCUCCGCCCAAGGCCACCCGAGGAGCGGACCCCGCAUCUUCGCCGUCUGGAAAGGCCAUGCAGGGCAGGACCAUGUGGACUUCGGCCAGACCGAGCUGCACACGGUGCUUUUCCACGAGCCAGGCAGCUCCUCCGUGUGGGUGGGAGGACGCAGCAAGGUCUACCUCUUUGACUUCCCUGAGGGCAGGAACGCGUCUGUGCGCACGAUGAACAUCAGUGCCACAAAGGGGUCCUGUCUGGAUAAGCGGGACUGCGAGAACUAUAUCACUCUCCUGGAGAGGCGGGGUGAGGGGCUGCUGGCCUGUGGCACCAACGCCCGGCACCCCAGCUGCUGGAACCUGGUGAAUGGCACAGUGGUGCCACUUGGCGAGAUGAGAGGCUAUGCCCCCUUCAGUCCAGAAGAGAACUCCCUGGUUCUGUUUGAAGGGGACGAGGUGUAUUCCACCAUCCGGAAGCAGGAAUACAAUGGGAAGAUCCCUCGGUUCCGCCGCAUCCAGGGCGAGACUGAGCUGUACACCAGCGAUACAGUCAUGCAGAACCCACAGUUCAUCAAAGCCACCAUCGUGCACCAAGACCAGGCCUACGAUGACAAGAUCUACUACUUCUUCCGAGAGGACAAUCCUGACAAGAAUCCUGAGGCUCCUCUGAACGUGUCCCGUGUGGCUCAGCUGUGCAAGGGGGACCAGGGUGGGGAGAGCUCACUGUCAGUCUCCAAGUGGAACACUUUUCUGAAAGCCAUGCUGGUAUGCAGCGACGCUGCCACCAACAAGAACUUCAACAGGCUGCAGGACGUCUUCCUGCUCCCCGACCCCAGCGGCCAGUGGAGGGACACCAGGGUCUACGGCGUUUUCUCCAACCCCUGGAACUACUCAGCCGUGUGCGUGUAUUCCCUCGGUGACAUUGACAAGGUCUUCCGCACCUCCUCACUCAAGGGCUACUACUCAAGCCUCCCCAACCCUCGGCCUGGCAAGUGCCUCUCAUACCAGAAGCCGAUACCCACAGAGACCUUCCAGGUGGCUGACCGUCACCCAGAGGUGUCGCAGAGGGUGGAGCCCAUGGGGCCUCUGAAGACGCCAUUGUUCCACUCUAAAUACCACUACCAGAAAGUGGUCGUCCAUCGCAUGCAGGCCAGCCACGGGGACACCUUUCACGUGCUUUACCUAACUACAGACAGGGGUACCAUCCACAAGGUGGUAGAGCCAGGGGAGCGGGAGCGCGGCCUCGUCUUCAACGUCGUGGAGAUCCAGCCCUUCCGCCGCGCGGCCGCCAUCCAGGCCAUGUCGCUGGAUGCUGACCGGCGGAAGCUGUAUGUGAGCUCCCAGUGGGAGGUGAGCCAGGUGCCCCUGGACCUGUGUGAGGUCUAUGGCGGAGGCUGCCAUGGCUGCCUCAUGUCCCGAGACCCCUACUGCGGCUGGGACCAGGGCCGCUGCGUCUCCAUCUACAGUGCCCCGUGGCCAGUGCUGCAGUCCAUUAAUCCAGCCGAGCCACACAAGGAGUGCCCCAACCCAAAACCAGACAAGGCCCCACUGCAGAAGGUUUCCCUGGCCCCAAACUCCCGCUACUACCUGAGCUGCCCCAUGGAAUCCCGCCAUGCCACCUACUCAUGGCGCCACAAGGAAAACGUGGAGCAGAGCUGCGAACCUGGUCACCAGAGCCCCAACUGCAUCCUGUUCAUCGAGAACCUCACGGCCCAGCAGUACGGCCACUACUUCUGUGAGGCCCAGGAGGGCUCCUACUUCCUCGAGGCUCAGCACUGGCAGCUGCUGCCCGAGGACGGCAUCAUGGCUGAGCACCUGCUGGGCUGCGCCCAUGCCCUGGCCACCUCCCUCUGGCUGGGGGUCCUCACUCUCGGCUUGCUGGUCCACUAGGGCCUCCUGAGGCUGGGCAUCCCUCGGGCAUCUGCAGCCCAGGACACUAGAACAUCUCACACUCAGAGCCGGCUGGCCCGGGAGCUCCUUGACUGCUGCUUCUUCCAGGGGACAGAAUAACCCAGUGGAGGAUGCCAGGCCUGGAGAGGUCUAGCCACAGGCGGCUGCUGGGCCCCAGGUGGCACACGGGUGGUGAGGGGCUGAGCAUGAGGGCACCGACUGUGAAGCUGGGGCAUCGAUGACCCAAGACUUUGUCUUCUGGAAAAUAUUUUUCAAAGAUUCCUCAAACUUGACUAAAUGCA